GGUAACCUCCGCCCAAUAUUGACUUAACUGCACAUGUGAAAGCAAAGACAAAACCGUAUUUAAGUCAAAAUGAACAUGUGAAAAUCAUAGUUUAACACGUCAUGGUCAUAAGGUUAGCUUCCCUUCUUGUCGCCUUGACAUUGGUCUUUUGCCAAGAAGACAAUGAAAUUGUUACCAAAAACUUUCUCGGCAUCGGAAGAAUGCAGGCUGUAGCUGUUUCUGGAAGACUAAUCUGUAAUGGACGACCAGCUACAAAUAUUAAGAUCAAACUGUAUGAAAAUGAGAUUCUGUUUGAUCGACUCAUGGAAGAAAGCCGUACAGAUUCAAAUGGACAAUUCAGAGUUUCUGGCUCAAAACGAGAAAUUUCAAGGAUUGACCCAAAAGUCAACGUUUAUCACAAAUGCAAUUAUAAUGGGUUGUGCUCCAAAAAAUUCACUAUAAAAAUUCCAAAGGAUUAUAUCAACCGUGGUAGUCAAGCAGAACGAACAUACGAUAUAGGAACACUAAACUUGGCAAACAAAUAUCCAGGAGAAUCUACCGAUUGUAUUAAUUGAUUGAUUUGGUUACUUUUAAUUACACAUAUUUUCAAAUAAACUAUUCAUGAGCAGG